AUUUAAUAUUGCCGAUACAGAGCUAAAGAAUUGUGCAAUAGUGUUGUACACUGUGUUCGGAUCGUGCUUUACGGAUCCUUGAGAAACACUCAGUGAUUCACUCUCGCUGUUUGCCUCUCGCUUGAAAUUUAAUUGCUCAAAGUUAGACACAACUUUAACAGAGAAUUGCAUUCACCGGAUUUUACUUCUCAUUGGUAACCUUGAACAUUCAAAAUGCUUGCCGCCAUGCAGAAAGCUAAUCGGGUGCUGACUGUAUCAGGUCGCAACUUGCUCAAGUCACAAUUUCGGUUGCGGAGCGCACUUACUGAGGAGAGUGCAAAUGUUACCAACCAGGAGACGCUUUCCAAAGCAACUUUGAUGAACUUCGAGAAGUUCUCCGGCCGUCACGUAGGACCACGCGAGACUGAUGUCGAGGCUAUGCUUAGGGUGACAGGUCUCUCGUCCAUCAACGAGCUAGUCCAGAAAACCAUCCCGAAUGAGAUCCUUUUCAAUAAGCCACUCAACAUGAAGGAGGGGUUUACCGAGACCGAGUGCUUGGAGCGCUUAGCAGAGCUCGGCAAGAAGAACAAAGUUCAGCGCAGCUAUAUCGGCACGGGGUACUAUAAUACCAUUGUGCCCCCUGUUAUCCAGCGUGUGAUCCUGGAGAACCCCGGGUGGUACACCCAGUACACACCGUAUCAGCCAGAGAUUGCACAGGGACGAUUGGAGUCACUCAUGAACUAUCAGACCAUGGUCACUGACAUGACCGGUAUGGCAGUAUCCAAUGCAUCUUUAUUAGAUGAAGCAACCGCCUGUGCCGAGGCCAUGGCCAUGUGCUUUGCAACCAGAAAAUCCAAGAGAAAACACGUAUUCUUGGUGGAUGAUAAGGCACAUCCCCAGAAUAUCGAGCUGAUGCGUACACGGGCGGGUGGCAUGGGUAUCACAGUCCGUGUAGCCGACUUCAGGAAGCCUCAGGAAAUGGAUGAAGAUGUUUGCGGUGUGCUGAUUCAGUAUCCCAACACAGUUGGUGCCGUGGCCGAUCCCUCACAGAUCGCCGAGAACGCGCACGCCGCCGGCGCUCAGGUUGUCAUGGCGACCGACCUGCUCGCACUAACUCAGCUCAAGCCCCCGGGAGAACUAGGCGCUGAUAUAGUGGUAGGUAAUACACAACGUUUCGGUGUUCCAUUGGGAUAUGGCGGUCCCCAUGCUGCGUUCAUGGCCACCACUGAUAAGCUGGUGCGAAAGAUGCCGGGGCGAAUUGUAGGAAUGUCUAAGGAUAGACAUGGAAACCCAGCGUAUCGCUUGGCCCUGCAAGUACGUGAGCAGCAUAUCCGCCGCGAGAAGGCCACAUCGAACAUCUGCACCGCACAGGCUCUACUAGCCAACAUGUCGGCCUUCUACGCACUCUAUCACGGCCCUACGGGACUUAACAGGAUCGCCACGCGCGUGCACACACUCGCAUCGGUGUUUGCGUCCGGCGUGGAAAGCCAGGGCCACAAGGUGAAGUACGACCAGUUCUUUGACACCGUCUGUGUCGAGCUUUCGUCUAACCUCAGCACGUCUGAGCUAGAGAACCGGGCCGGUGCUAAAGAGAUCAACCUGCGCGUAUUGACGGCGGCCGAGAGUACUACGGCUGCUGUGUGUGUAUCUAUUGACGAGACUACCACGGAGAAGGACCUCAACGAUUUGCUGUGGGUGUUCAGCAACGGCGGUGCGGAUAGCCGGGUAGUCACACUAUCCGAUUACACAGACAAUAGCCAUCCCGUAGGCGAGUUGGUGGGCUAUGCCUACCCCCAUGAGCUUGUGCGAACGAGUGAGUAUCUGACCCACCCCGUAUUCAACACGCACCACUCCGAAGCGGCGUUGACUAGAUACGCGAAGACCCUGGAGAACAAGGAUCUGUCGCUAUGUCACUCUAUGAUCGCCCUGGGCAGCUGUACUAUGAAGCUUAACGGCGUUACUACAUUGAAGGCUCUGAGCAACCCCGACUACACGAACAUCCACCCGUUUGCGCCUUUAGAUCAGGCCAAGGGCUACUACGAAAUGUUUGAGGAGCUCUGCGCCGACCUGUGCGAGAUCUCGGGCUAUGACAGCGUCUCUCUGCAACCCAACAGUGGGGCCCAGGGCGAGUAUGCAGGGCUUAUGGCUAUCAGAGCAUAUCUGGAUAGCAAAGGCCAGCAGGAGAGGAACAUCUGUCUCAUCCCAUCCUCAGCACACGGCACAAACCCGGCAUCUGCACAGAUGUGUGGCAUGAAGGUGGUCGCUGUGCGUAACGACGCGAAGGGGAACAUCGACAUGGCGGAUUUGCACACGAAGGUCAACAAACACUCAGACAACCUAGCGGCGAUUAUGAUCACGUACCCAAGCACGUACGGUGUGUUUGAGGAGGGUAUCCGAGACAUGUGUGACCUGGUGCAUCAGCACGGGGGGCAGGUAUACCUGGACGGUGCUAACAUGAACGCGCAAGUGGGUCUGUGUCGCCCAGGAGACUAUGGCUCGGAUGUAUCGCACUUCAACCUGCACAAGACCUUCUGUAUCCCACACGGUGGUGGUGGACCUGGAAUGGGACCCAUUGGCGUGAAGAGCCAUCUGGCGCCCUUUUUGCCCACACAUAAUGUGGUCAAGAUCCCGGGAGGUGGUAUCGGGCCAGCUGAGAACGAUGGUAACAGCGACCAGGCGUUUGGCAUGAUCAGUGGGGCACCUUUUGGAUCGGCCGCCAUCCUGCCCAUUUCCUGGGCAUACAUCCGCAUGAUGGGUCCCGAGAUAGUCAAAUCCACACACCUGGCGAUACUCAGUGCCAACUACCUAGCCUCACGCCUGCGAGGACACUACGAAAUUCUCUACACUGGCACCAACGGAACGUGUGCACACGAGUUCAUCCUCGACGUGCGAAAGUUCCAGCAGAGUGCAGGUAUUGAGAGUAUCGACAUUGCCAAGCGCUUGAUUGAUUACGGGUUCCACUCACCAACUAUGUCGUGGCCUGUGAACAACACACUCAUGAUCGAGCCUACGGAAAGCGAGUCCAAAGAGGAAUUGGACCGCUUUGCGGACGCUCUGAUUUCUAUCCGAGCGGAGAUCAAGGAGAUAGAAGAAGGCGCCGCCGACCACACGGACAAUGUGUUGAAGAACGCGCCACAUACCGCCGAGGAAGUCUCGAGCGAUAAAUGGGAGCACAACUACACCCGCAGCAAGGCUGCAUGGCCUGUAACCGAUUCGAGUACGUCGAAGUUCUGGCCUACAGUUGGCCGUGUAGACGAUGUGUUUGGUGACCGUAAUUUGCGUUGUACGCUAUAAGUCUAAAAGGGAAAUAGUAUAAGAGUAGUAAUAGACACCGCACGUAUUGGCUGGUGGGGUGGGUUUAAGAAUGUCAACAUGUAUUCAUAUAUCAGUAAGGGUAGAGAUCCGAAGUGUGGUUCCUGGGCCAUAGAGGAUAAAAGAGGAAGCGAUCAGACAUAGAGAUCGGAGCGACAUAGUAACUGUGACUUAAACACUUUAACACACUCUGAGUGAAGGUAAUUGCAUCUGUGAAUUCAAGGAACCUCUCGCGAACAGAGAAUAUAAUUAUUAUAAAUUAAUAAAUUGGGAUGUUUUCCAACCAAGUAC